CAAUGAUGAGACCGCCACUUCCUCCCGGCCCCCCCGCCUCAUCUAAUGGAGGAGUUUUAUAGACCAACCGUACCUCAAAAACCUUCGUAUGUCAAAUCAGCUGCAUCCACUGUUGUUAAGAGGCCUUUGGCUCAGCAUACUCCACAACUAACUGCCAUGGUGCCAGCAUCGGUACGGGUGAGGAGAGAGUCUGCUGCACCAAAGGCAAAACCAAAGCCAUCUGUUUCGUCGGUAUCAGUAGUUUCCCAUCCAGCACCAACUCCAACUGUUCUGAAACCGCCAACUGUCAAACCACCAUCCUCAUCAGCAGCCAAACCGACAAGCAUAGAUGAUUCUUACAUGGCGUUCUUGGAGGAUAUGAAAGCUCUUGGUGCUCUUGACAACUGAUGGGGGGAUUAAGAAUGGCAUGUGUAGAUGAGAUAACUUAUGUGGUCCGGUCGGGGUGAUUUUAGAGAUUAGAUGUAUUUCUUGUUAUCUCGUUAAUCACAUUUCAUUUUGUCAUCUAAGGCUUUUUAACUGGUCCCUUGAUUUUUACAUUGUAUGGAACUAUAUCAAAUAUCA